AUGCGUAGACUUCAAGGGCAACUUUGUAGCACAGCUACAGUGAAAGCUGGUAUCUGUGUUCCUUUCCAACGUUGCCGUAAUCUAAGAGGUCACAGAAGACUAUACAGGAGUAGUACCUGCAAUCUUGGGGGGAAAACGCCAAGAAUUUGUUGCCCUCUUUCUGCUGAAAAUGAAGUUACUUUACCGAGUAGCACACUAUCUACAGAUACGCUUCAUUCUACAGAUGUGCUUCAGCUUGGUAAUAUCUCCUCUUUUAAAGAGCUUCCUAGAAAUGCAGCAGUUUCUGAAGUAACUACAAUAUCUUCACAAACACUAUUGCUAGAAAUUCUGACAACUGUGAAAAAGGAAUUAAUUAAAAAUCCUGUUACUUCUAUCAAUGAUGAUAAUGUCAAAAGCGAACUUAAUAGCACUUCUAACGAAUCUGGUAAAGUACUAAUCCCUGAAGCAACAGAAAAGCAUCUAUCAACAUCUAUCGAAAACAAGAAUAUAAAGCCUAGUUCAGCUACGGGUGAACAAAAGAACGCAAGGAAUCUUGAAAGAGCCAACGACUUCAUCGAAUCUCAAGUUAAUAGAAAUCGAAACGGACGACAAGAAAUUCAGCAACUACUUCCGCAAGAAUGCGGCCAAAGCAAAGCUACAUUCCGAAGAAUUGUAGGCGGUCAAGAUUCUGUUAUCGGUGCCUGGCCGUGGAUGGCAGUAUUAUACUACAUAACGCCUAGAGGAAGAUCCGCAGAAUGUGGAGGUGUCUUAAUCACGGAAAAGCAUAUACUUACUGCUGCACACUGCGUCGUCAUUUCUAGAUCAGGAGCAACAAUAAAUCCGAGGAGGAUUGCUGUAGUACUCGGAGACUAUGAUAUUGAAAGUGAUGAUGACGGUGUAGUUCCAGUUCAAAGGAGAGUUCAUUCCAUAAUUAAGUACAACAGUUUUGAUCUUCGUACUUUUCAACAUGAUAUUGCAAUACUCAUAUUAAAUUCAGCUGUUGAAUUCAAUAGCAAUGUAGCUUGUGUUUGUCUUCCCUUCGAAACGUUUCACGGAGAUGAUUUAGCUGAAAGAAAUGCCUUUGUAGCUGGCUGGGGGACAACGUCCUAUGGAGGACCCGCGAGUGCGAAACUGCAAGAAGUACAACUCAAGAUUUGGGAAAACAAUAAAUGUAAACAGGUUUUUAGAAGAGAUGUUCCUAUCACCCAAGUAAACCUUUGCGCUGGGGAUGGCUCAAAAGAUUCUUGCCGGGGUGACUCUGGUGGACCUAUGAUGUUAGCAGGUGCAGAUGGAAGAUUUUAUUUGGUGGGCAUCGUUUCUUUUGGUAAAAAAUGUGCAGAACCAGGGUAUCCAGGAGUUUAUACUCGAGUUAGCCAUUACCUGGAUUGGAUUAGAAAACAUAUUGAAGAAACGUUAUAGACAAUGAUAUGUUAAAAACAAUAAAAUAUUAAGAUGGCAGAUAUUUUAUCUUUCAAGACCUGAAUAGCCUCCAGAUUCAAAAUAUGCUUAUGUAAAUUGUUAUUAAUAAAUUUCUAAGAAAAGUGAAACUCAUAUCAAGUAACAUUAAUGGCAGUAUUCAAAAUGCUAAAAUGCCAUGAAUUCCUCCACCACCAACGACCGGACGUUUGCUAAACGGCCGAACCGAUCAAUCAUUUAGCCAUCUUAACUUCGAUAACUUUGUCCAAGAUGAACCACAGGAGCUGGUCGUUAUUACACCACAUGAUGGAAAACAGACAAUCACAAAUAUUAAUGCUUUCUACAGGAUUCCAGCACGGACCCAAUGAUCUGGCAACCGGCUCAAAUUCCAUAAUGCAGAAAGGAGUUUUCUUUCUGUUUUUUUCCUAUUCUUGCUUCUUCACCUUUUCACCUUUGUAAGGUGAAUUGUCUGCUACUGACACACAGCAAACAUAUUAUUAAUGUACUGCUAAAUGUGGAAUAAAAGUAAUAUAAAUUAAAGUCAGUUAAAAAAAGAGAGAAAGGAAGAAAAAAGAAAGCUGCUGUUUUCUUAUUGAUAGCAUUAGAUAUAGGGAAAUCCCUGUCGAAAUGUAGUUAAAAAAGUACCUUAAAUCAUUAAAACAUUUUUCACAUUUUUCUGCAGAAAAAAGAAGAGAGGCAAAGUCAUGGAAUUCUGUAAUGAUAUACAAGAUCCAGAUAUGAUUCUUAGCACAAAGGAUUUGCAAUGAGAAGUGGAACUUAUUAUGAAUUCUGGAAAACUGUUGUAUAUAACAGCAAAUAUAAUAUUUCUUACGUCUAUAAUGGUGAAGCGGUCUGAAAAAUUCAAUGUAAUUAAAACCUAACACACCUUUUUGUUUUGUUCUGUUUUGUGUUUAUAUCGAAAAAUUUGUGGCAGGCAA